UCCUGGUGGGGGUCGUGGGCAACCUCUUGGUGUGCCUGGUGAUCCUCCGGCACCAGACCCUGAAGACACCCACCAAUUACUACCUGUUCAGCCUGGCUGUCUCGGACCUGCUGGUCCUGCUCCUGGGGAUGCCUCUGGAAGUCUACGAGAUGUGGUACAACUACCCCUUCAUCUUUGGGCCGGUGGGAUGCUACUUCAAGACGGCCCUCUUUGAGACCGUGUGCUUCGCCUCCAUCCUCAGCAUCACCACGGUCAGCGCGGAGCGUUACGUGGCCAUCGUCCACCCAUUCCGGGCCAAGCUGGAGAGCACGCGGCGGCGGGCCCUGCGAAUCCUCGGCCUGGUCUGGGGCUUGUCCGUGGUCUUCUCCCUGCCCAACACCAGCAUCCACGGUAUCAAACUACACUAUUUCCCCAACGGAUCCUCUGUGCCGGGCUCAACCACCUGCACGGUCACCAAGCCCAUGUGGGUGUACAACCUCAUCAUCCAGGUCACCUCCUUCCUCUUCUACAUCCUCCCCAUGACCCUCAUCAGCGUCCUCUACUGCCUCAUGGGGCUCAGA